AUGGAGAAAUCAACACCAGCCGCUAGACUACUGCUCUUUAAUCUUUUCAUCCUUGGCUUUCAGGCUCAUUCAGCCUUUCUUUCAUCCGCCAAUGCAUCUGCAUAUGAUCAGGAUUUUAGUUACAUGAAGAUUGUGAAGGAUGCUACCGAUCUACCGUUGGUAAAUACAUAUGACUACAUUGUAGUUGGUGGAGGAACUGCAGGGUGUCCCCUAGCAGCAACAUUAUCAGCAAACUACACUGUGCUUGUUCUUGAAAGGGGUGGUGCUCCUACUACACAUCCCAAUGUCUUGAAAGAAGAAGGGUUUCUGAGUACUCUCAUGCAAGAAGAUGAUGGUAAGACCACACCAGCUCAAAGGUUUACAUCAGAAGAUGGUGUUGCUAUUGUCAGAGGAAGGGUAUUAGGUGGCUCGACCAUGAUAAAUGCUGGUUUCUACUCCAGAGCUGACAAACAAUUCUUUAUCAAAUCAGGAAUUGACUGGGAUAUAGAUUUGGUCGAGAACGCAUAUCAGUGGGUUGAAAACACUGUUGUCUCUCGCCCAAACUUGCUACGAACAAAUUGGCAGUCUGUUGUGAAAGAAGCGUUGUUGGAAGCUGGUGUUGGUCCAGACAAUGGAUUCAGUUUAGAUCACAUUAAGGGAACUAAAGUUGGCGGUUCUACUUUUGAUUCAGAUGGAAGGAGACACGGAGCUGAUCAAUUGCUGAACAAAGGAAACAUAAGGAACUUGCAAGUGGGAAUUCACGCCACAGUCGAGAGAAUCAUCUUCUCUUCCAAAGGAUCAAGUAUUUCAGCUCGAGGUGUGAGAUAUACCGAUUCCAACGGUAGGUCACAUUGGGCGUUUGUACGUGGUAAGAGAGAGGUUAUUCUGAGUGCAGGGGCGAUUGGAAGUCCUCAGCUUCUACUUCUUAGUGGUGUUGGUCCUCAGUCCUAUCUAUCAUCUUUGAAAAUCCCAGUUGUUCACCCCCAACCUUACACUGGAAACUUUAUGUAUGACAAUCCUCGUAAUUUCAUUAAUAUAUUAUCCCCAAUUCCACUACAGCCCUCAAAUGUAAAGAUUGUUGGUAUUACCGACCAUUUCUACGUAGAGACCUUCUCCAGCUUGCCAAUUUCGACUAUACCCUUCAGUAUUUUUUCAGAUCCAACUAAACCUGUAGAGAUAAAUUCAAGUUGGGGACACAUUGCCGUGAAAUCGGAAGGACCUUCUUCUUAUGGUACUCUUAAGCUUCAAUCAUCAUCUGAUGUGAAAGUUGGUCCAAGUGUCCGCUUCAACUAUUUUGCAGAUCCCUUGGACCUUGAUUACUGUGUUUCGGGCAUGAAGAUGAUUGGGGAAUUAUUAAAUACGGAGUCACUGAGACCAUUUAAGGUUCAAGCUUCAUCCGGCACAAAAGCUUACCAGUUUUACGGUCAAACUCUACCCAUGAACGAGACAGACGAUGCAUCUUUUGGACAAUUCUGUCGUGAUACAGUAUCAACAUUUUGGCAUUUCCACGGUGGAUGCCUCGUCGGAAAAGUGGUUGAUAGCAGCUUGAGGGUCAUGGGAAUCGACGGAUUACGCAUUGUUGAUGCCUCCACAUUCAAUUUCACACCAGGAACAAAUCCUCAGGCCAGCCUUAUGAUGUUGGGCAGGUACAUUGGCACUAAGAUGUUGCAACAGAGAUCUUCUUAA